GUGCUCCUGUCCUGCAGGAGUCCAACGGCCCCACGGAUGCCUAUGCAGCUAUAGCCAAGGCUGACCGGCUGACCCAGGAACCGGAGAGCAUCCGCAAGUGGAGGGAGGAGCAGAAGAAGCGCCUGGAGGAGCUGGAUGCGGCAUCGAAGGUGACUGAGCAGGAGUGGCGAGAGAAGGCCAAGAAGGACCUGGAGGAGUGGAACCUGCGUCAGAAUGAGCAGAUGGAGAAGAACCGUGCAAACAAUAGGAUCGCUGACAAAGCCUUUUACCAGCAGCCGGACGCCGAUGUGAUUGGCUACGUGGCCUCGGAGGAAGCAUUCCUGAAAGAGUCCAAGGAGGACACCUCGGGAUCCGAGUGGGAGAAGGUGGCCCAGCUCUGCGAUUUCAACCCUAAGAGCAGCAAGCAGAGCAAGGAUGUCUCGCGGAUGCGCUCGGUGCUCAUCUCCCUCAAACAGGCGCCCCUGUCCCGCUAGGCGCCUGGCCCUGCCGGGAGCCGCGGGCAAGGCUCUGGGGCUGGGCCCGGGGGGGCCUCCACCCGGGAGGGGCCUCACCCCGCCUGUCCCCACGCCCUCCUGUGCACCGCGGUUGCAAGUCGCCGGCUGUAACUCUCCCCAUGGUUUUCCUUUGCUUAAAAGGUG